GACAAAAACACAUCGCUGCCAUUAUAAUCAACGAAUCUGUCUCCUCCAGCGCUGUGCGCGCUUGCAUAGUAGAUGUGUUGUGAGGAAACACGCUGCUCCGCGCGCUCGCUGACGUCACCCCGGCGAGCGCUCGCAUAGAUGAGAGCGCGAGAGUACAGUGACAGGCAGCGCCUCGUCCACUGUACGCAGCACUGAGUGCGGCUCAGCACUAUCUCAGGCUACACGCGAGACACGGCAGCAGAUCACGGAAUGUGACUAGACAACAUUCCGCUUUAUUUGAGGCCGGUCGUCAGCCCUGCACUCACGGGGUGCAGUACUUUAAGACCAGCGCUCCCAUUAUUACCAAGUGAUCACUGCCCUCCUGUGAUCCGGGAAUCACAUUAGGAGCUUUACUAAUUUUGUUAAUUAUUCUAGAGUUUCUGUCCCACUCUAACGGUUCGACUCUGACUUCAAGCUGAGGCUUAAUAACUGGAUUGUAUCGGUGGAUCAAUAGGCGGCUAUCUUGAUAUUACAUUUUCCUCUUGGAUUAUUGUUUCAGCAUCAUGAGCACGAGUGUACCCUAUCAGCAAAGCUCAUGCAGCAGUGAACGGAGCUCUGGACCAAUCCACUGCUUUCGCUGCCGGGAGGUGUGUAAAGGAGAGGUGGUACGAGUUCAGCAUGUCCACUUCCACAUCAAAUGCUUCACCUGCCAAGUGUGUGGCUGUGAUUUGGCACAGUCCGGAUUCUUCCAGAAGAGUGGCGAGUACAUCUGCACAGCAGACUACCAGUGCCUGUAUGGCACAAAGUGUGACAGCUGUGGGGACUUUAUCUCAGGGGAGGUGGUCUCUGCCCUGGGCCGCACAUAUCACCCAAAGUGUUUCGUGUGCAGCGUGUGCAGGAAACCUUUUCCAAUUGGGGACAGAGUAACGUUCAGUGGUAAAGAAUGUGUCUGUCAGCAGUGUUCCCUCAAGCUGGUUAAUUCCAAUGAGCCAAUCAAAAUCCACGGGCCCAGUCACUGUGCAGGUUGUAAGGAGGAGAUCAAACAGGGUCAAUCUCUGCUGGCGCUAGAGAAACAGUGGCACGUCAGCUGCUUCAGGUGUCAGACCUGUGGCCUGGUCUUGACGGGAGAGUACAUCAGCAAAGACGGCAUUCCUUACUGUGAGUCAGACUACCAUGCCCAGUUUGGGAUAAAGUGUGAAACGUGCGACAGAUACAUCAGUGGACGUGUGCUGGAGGCUGGAGGGAAGCACUACCACCCCACUUGUGCUCGCUGUGCCCGGUGUCAGAUGAUGUUUACAGAAGGAGAAGAGAUGUAUCUCACAGGUUCAGAGGUGUGGCAUCCUGUGUGCAAACAAGCAUCUCGAGCAGAGAGGAAACUGAGACUCAGGCGCACAUCCGAAACCUCCAUCUCUCCGCCAGGCUCCAGCAUUAGUUCACCCAGCAGAGUCAUCUGUGCAAAAAUGGAGAACGAGAUCCUUGAUUACAAAGACUUGGCAGCGCUGCCUAAGGUUAAAGCCAUUUAUGAAGUGCAGAGGCCAGACUUCUGGUCCUAUGAGCCCAGUCACAGAUACUGCUCCGAUGACAGGCUAGAGCGUCUCAGCUAUGGGGAGUCCUUGGGCACGCUCUCCCCUUAUUCUCAGGACAUGUAUGACAGUAUGGACAUAAGGAUGAGAAGAUCCUCCAGUCCGGGGUACAUAGACUCCCCCACCUACAGCAGACAGGGCAUGUCUCCCAUCAUGCCCCGCUCUCCACAGCACUACUACAGAUAUGGCACUGAGAGUGGCAGAAGUUCACCCUAUUACAAUCAGCUAGACGCCCGGUCCAGCACGCCCACCACAAACCAAGCUCCCAAGCAUUUCCAUGUGCCAGCCACAGGGGAGCCCAAUAUCUACAGGAAGCCUCCCAUCUAUAAGAGACAUGACAAUCACUGCAAUCCAGCAACUAAGAGCAAGACCAGUGAGGACAUUGUCCAAUCUUCCAAGUUCCUAUCAGCCUACUCACCUGAACACUACCAGCACUCAGAGUCUGAUUACUACCACUACACCAGCUCUCCUAAAUCUUUACGUGCUCCUAGGAGAAGGUACUCAUCAGGUGGAGAAGAGGAUGGCUGGGGUCACGGCCUUCAAAGAAUUCAGGGUGGUAUCGGUAGGUUGAUCCUGAAGGAGGAGAUGAAAGCCCGCUCCGGUUCCUAUGACAACGACCCCUGGGGCAGCGCGCGGAACUCUCGCAGUGGGAGCAGGGAGAUGUUGCACAGCAUGGGCCACAACAACACAGUUAACGGCUCUCCUCGGACAAACUUUGCAGCGGAAAAUGACUACAUAUCCAAGUCAGCCUCCUUGCCCGGAUAUGGCCGGAAUGGAUUGCAACGGCCUCAAAGUGCAGACUACUAUAAGUAUGACAGUGGCAGUGAAGCCAACUGGGGAAUCAGAGAGUACAAGGUAAGAACGAUGGUUUAGCAUUACCAGAGGAUUAAAGGGGGCCCAGAGAGGCACCUCUGAAACAUUACUGUCUUCUCCAGAGGAAAGCCCAGAUUUACAGUAUGUCAGUCUAAUGAACCCUGAUGGAUCAAAGCAAUGUCCUGCUGGUCAAAGCAUGUGGAAACUAGAGGAUGGAGAAAUUAGUGCUUCCAGGUCAUAAGGCCACUGUGUCCUUCCCCAUCUGGCCCUUAGUGAGUUGGAGACUGCAGGGGCCAUGGAGAGGGCAGGGGUUUGUCUGACCCCUUUGCUCCUGGUUGGUCAAGAACUAUAUUAUUCUGCUUGGUGCUGCUUCCUGUCUCGGUUACAGCUACUGUGCCAGAGGCUGUGUGAUUUCCUUUCACUUUUUAAACUGUAAGUGAGAGGAAAAGGAGGUCCAUCAGUGCACAGCCUGCUCUGAGAACAAUGCUUAGCUUUCCAUUACCAAUCUAUGAAGGAAAGUUUCAGUCAGGACAAAUUACUUGUAAAUCAAUAAAUAUGAGUUUCAGUGUUUAUAUAGUUAAAAGCUUACAUUACAAUGAAAUGCACUGCUAUCUUUUGUUGCAGAUCUACCCAUAUGAAGCACUUAUUGUGACCACUAGGGGGCGUAACAGGUUGCCAAAGGAUGUAGAUCGGUCUAGAUUAGAGCGGCAUCUUUCCCCUGAGGAGUUCUAUGAGGUUUUUGGGAUGACGAUGGUGGAGUUUGACCGUCUGGCACUGUGGAAGAGGAACGAGAUGAAGAAACAAGCCCGGCUGUUCUAGUGUUCUUAUCACACACACACACACACACACACACAUGGAGAGAGAGAGAGAGAGAGAGACCUGAAUACCUGUUCCAGUCUAACUAAACAAACACAUCCUGUGUCUCAGACACAUAGUCAUGCCUAGACUGUACCAAGAAAUUGUGCAACUGUUCAUUGUGACAGAGGCAUAUAAAUGAUCAGACAGACUAUCUGACAAAGGAAGACAUAAAUAAAUAAAAUAAUAUACAGAAUGGUGGGAACAUUUUAGUUUUUACUUGAGUGUAAAGUGAACACAUUUUAUUUUGUUUCUGAAUGACAAAACUAAGGUAUCAGGAAUUGUAAGGAUUUUGAAUUUUGCCUUAUGUUCUUUAUUAAUUUAUGCACCAGCAAAGUGAGUGAACAGAAUGUAAAUACAAUUAAUACAACUUUAAUGGGAGUGGGUGAAUCAUCUUAUGUGAUCCAUCAAGUACAUUAUUAAGUCAUAUUUAAUUUUAAAGGUUAUAAAAUAAUAUUUUUCAAUCCUUUUUUUUCGCUGUUAUUCAAGGACUACAUAAACGUAGAUGGGCUGAAAUAAGCGAUGAUUUGCUUGACAAUGAAUACCAAAGUCUGACUGUUAUUUGUGAAGUUGAGCACCACGGUGCUGUACGAUGUUCAGGUCAUUUCCAAGGAGUAACGAAUGCUGAAUGUACACAUUUCUCACAAGAAGACUUUAGGAUUAUUAGACUAAUACUGAUGAAACAUACAUUGUAUAUUGUGAUGGUAGAAAUACAUAUGGCUUGUGUCUGUUACAGAUGAUGAAGACAAAACAGAUAAGAAUUAAGGUGCAAUGUUAUUAUUUCUUUUUUUUUUUAAAUGUUAUGCUCUUUAAAAAAAAAAAAGAUCUGUUGGUUAGGAUAACGCAGUUUACUUUCAUCACUCCUGUUAGGAUGGAUCAGGAAAUUAUGUGAUACCUUAAGUGGGUUAAUUAUAUUUUGGAGUCAUUGCCAGGGUGACUAUGUCACCUGAUUUGGUAAUAAAUCGAAUGCAAAGUAAACAUUAAUUGUAAGGCCAGUAACAGGUUAACUUGUUCACACUCCCAUAUUACUUGAUGGAAAAAAAAAUAAUAAUAAUACAUUAUCACACCUUUGAAGGAAGUGACUAAUAACAAACUGUAACCCUGAUAAGGACCUAACCGUAACUGUGGGGUCUUUCAUGCCAAGGGAUACUGACAGUAGUUUUUGUACCUCACUGACAAACAGGUGAAACCAUCAUGUUUUCUGCCUUUGUGUGUAGUGUUUACAACAUGUUUGCCCAAUAGAUUGUUAUGAAGUGUUCUAUUAAUUUCAUAGUGAAGGAAGAGAGCUAGAGUAUAACCAUAUUUUUGAUUCUCUUUUUUAAUCACAAUUGCUACCUUCCUAACUUUAUUUAUCUGUCAGUUUCAACAGACUAUGUACAUCUUAUAUUGCAAUAAAAGUUUGUUUUCUUCUGUAAAAA